UGUAGAAAACAUGCAAACAUGGCACUUUGCCUUUGGUGAUAAAAGUUUUUAACUGGAAAAUAUGCUGUAAAUUAAACUGAAAAUGGAUGUGGAAAACGAAGAAGAAUUUUGUGAAGUUGUUUACGAGACACUAAACACAGCUUUUGGGCAUAAAGAAUUUAAAACUCCAUUACAAAAAGAAGCUGUUUUUGCCAUUGCACAAGGAAAUAAGGAUGUUUUUGUCAGUAUGCCAACAGGAGCUGGUAAAUCUCUAUGUUACCAGCUGCCAGCUGUUAUUGGUGAAGGUGUUACCCUGGUUGUCUCCCCUUUACUAGCCCUUAUGCAGGAUCAACUUGAACAUUUGUCAGCCAAAGGAAUACCAGCAGAGACUAUCAAUUCUAAAAUGACCACAAAAGACAGGAGUCGUGUUGUUGGAGAUUUGCAAUCAGCGUAUCCCAAAACUAAGCUACUUUACAUCACUCCAGAACAGGCAGCCACAGAAGUAUUUAAAGGAUAUUUACAGAACUUAGUUCAAAGACGUCUUUUGAGUUACUUUGUUGUAGAUGAAGCUCAUUGUGUAUCACAGUGGGGACAUGACUUUAGGCCUGAUUACUUAAAAUUAGGAACACUUCGUUCAAAAAUGCCCGGUGUUCCUUGUAUAGCCUUGACAGCAACAGCCCCAAAACAAGUUCAGGAAGAUAUUCUGAAACAACUAAGACUAAAAAAUCCAAUUAAAUUUAAAAGUAGUUGUUUUCGCUCUAAUCUGUAUUAUGAAAUUACACUGAAAGAAACAUUAAGGGAACCGUAUAAAGACUUGUAUGAUUUUAUUAAAACCUGUUUCGGAUCUCUUCCAGAAGAUAUGAAUAUACCAGAUUGGACAUCAUAUGGUUGUGGUAUAAUAUACUGUAGAACUAGAGAUGGUUGUGAAGAGGUAGCAAUACAACUGAGAAAAAAGAAUAUAAUGGCUAAAGCUUACCAUGCUGGAUUAAAAGCACAAGAUAGAAUCGAUGUCCAGACAGAUUGGAUGGAGGGUCGAGUACCAGUUAUUGUAGCUACAGUUAGUUUUGGUAUGGGUGUUGAUAAAGCUAAUGUCAGGUUUGUAGCUCAUUGGACCAUGCCACAAUCAAUGGCUGGUUAUUACCAGGAAUCGGGUCGUGCCGGUAGAGAUGGUCAACAAUCAUUCUGUAGGUUAUAUUAUUCUAGAAGUGAAAGAGAUAAAGUAGCAUUUCUUAUCAAUACAGAUUUAAAAAGACCAAAGAAAGACAUGGCCGCCGCUAAAAUGCGAUCUAAAGCAACUAUGGAUGGAUUUAAUACAUUAGUAGAAUUUUGUGAGAAACCUAAAUGUCGCCAUUGGAAUUUUACUGAUUUUUUUGGUGAUGAGAAACCUGAUUGUAAAAAGAUGUGUGAUGUGUGUAAAUAUCCCAAGAAAGUAGAACAAGAUUUACUGAAUUUAGCUACUGGAGGUCAUGCUGCUAGAACAGCUAUAGCUAAAGCUGAUGGAGGUGCCAUUGAUCCAGAACUUUAUGGUGGAGGUAGAAGAGGCGUUAAAAAGGAAAAUGAUGAUUAUGGUGGAACUGGCAAUGAUAGUGAUGAUGAGAGAGAAAGAAAAGAAAAGGAUGAUCAAAGAGAAAAAGCUCAAAGGAUGGCUCUCAUUAAAAAACAGUUAAAAUUACGGAAAGGGGGUAAUACAAGUGAAAAAGAAGACUCAGAAUUUGAAGCACCAUCAUUAGAUUGUCCGCUGAGAGAUGCUGCUAAUCAGAAAAUACCUAAAUUAACCGUCAAGACAAGAGAACACUGCUUUGAGAUGUUAGAAAAAUCUCUUUAUCAGAACUUUAUAAGUUUCUUUGAGGGAGACUCGGACAAGCUGAGAGCUCGGGAUUAUGAACCAAGAUGUUGUGCCUUAGAUUUAGAAUACGCUUCUUUCAAUAAAAAUAAAAUAGGUAACAUCUAUAAAACCUCCGUUAUGAAAACUGUGUCAGAGAUCAGAAAGUGUACAAGAGAAAAGACUCUUCAUUCCUGUUUUAUAGCAGAAGAAACUGUUGCCAUGGAUACUGAGCCAAAAGUUUGCGAAUCUGCGAAGGAGGAGGAUUUUGGAUUUGCCGCGCUUAGUUCGGAAUCAGGAUUCGUCAGUGCAUCGUCACUAGUGACUAAUGUUAAUUCCAAACAUUCUACUAGAGGGAAGAGUGAAAAGAAAUCACAUAAAUCUUCUCUAGGACAAUCUACUUUAACAGGUUUUGUGUCUGCAUCCUCCGUAUCCAGGUCUACUAAUAUAGCAGACAGUUCUAGAGUUUCUCCGCCCCCGUCACCAAUUAGUUCUAGAUUACAACCAGAUGUGACCCCUGGUCCCACUGCUGAAAGGUCGUCUGAUUCAACUUCUCCGGUAUCACACACACCCUCAAAACCAUUCCCACCACAGUUAGUGUACUUCUUCGAAAAGUUGCCAGAUAAUCCUAAAAUGUUAACAGAUGAUGAAAAAAUAAAAACUUCAUCAGAAGAUGAAAAACAAUGUAAAAUAAGACCAGAUGAAAAAGAUAAACACAAGCACAAAAGUGGUUCGAGUACUAGUCAUAAACAUAUCAAAAAUGGAGAACAUGGUGAUCGAAAGAAUUCAAGUUCCUCUUCUACCAAAAAGAGUUCUUUAAAAGAUAGUUCUAGAAAAAGGCCACGUGAUAGUUUAUCAUCUGUGCCAGAAUCAAAGAAACUUCGUUGGGGGAGUUCAACUGAAAAAUCUUUUAAAGUACCUGAUGAAACAGAAGAAUCACCUUCAGUAAAAGCAUCACCAAAUAAAAAAAAUAAAGUUAUAAAGCCUGAUAUAUGUGAAACUGUUAGUUUAAAAGGAGCAGCUGAUUUAGUUGUACGAUAUUUAACACCAUAUUAUCAGAAGGGAAGAUUUGCUACUAAGGAAUUAUUUAAAGCUGUAGCAAAGAGUAUAGCACAUGAAUUAUCUGAAACAAUUAAAGGUCUUCCAACUACAGAUGUAUCAAAGACUGUGUGUAAAGAGGAAGCUAAAAGACUCAUAAGAGAUUUCUUUAACCAACAUGAUAAAAUAAACAACAUGUCCGAUCUAGAAGACUGGAUCAAAAAAUAAAAUCUUAUGUUUCUAAUAAAUUGUGUGAUAUGAUUUGCUUAUAUAAAUUACUCAUUUGUAACGGAUUGUAAUUUCUUUAAUAAUGUUGUCACUUCUGUCUGUCCAUCCAUCCUACAUCCACAAUUUGUUGUUAUAAGUUCUAGAAACUAAAAGAAUUAUCAUCUUAUCGACUUGAAAUCAAUAUUCAGUGUUUUUGUUAAUAGAGCAAAGAAGCCUAAUAAUUUCUGAAAUUUUUAUUAUAAUGGGUUGUUGCUCUUGAUUUAUUUUUAGUGCCUUGUAAAAGCUCCCAUUACCCACAAAGGAAUAAAUAUGCAACAAUCUUUAUGGAAAGCUCUGGCGACUGAGCAGCUGUGAGCAUAUGUUUCAUUCCCUGUCAACCUAUCAUUCUUUUUGAACACCUUGAAGUGGAUGCAUAUAUUACUACUAUUUGUGUAAGAAGUUGUCAAGAAAUGCACAAUUAUAUUACCAGAAACACUUUACCAUAUUCAAAAAAUGUUUUAUUUAUGAGCUAUCCUAUUUAUUAUCUUACGUUUGUCAUAAAUGAAUAACUGUUGAGAAUACCUGUGUGAGUUUACCUGUCAGUAAUAAUUGUUUUGUUUAGAAGAGUAUUGUUUGUAUGUUAAGUAUGCUAUUUAUAAUUGAGAUGUACCGCACAUACUGAAGAUAUAUGUUUAUAAGAAGAGACAGACAAUAUUUGUACUGUAUGUUGGUAAAUACAUUAUUUACCAGAAUAACCAACUAGUUAACUAAAUUGUCUUUCACUUAUUGGUACAUGUAUGCGUUGAAGAUAAAGGGAUUUUUUACCCAACUCCUAUAAAUAAAAUUAAACGACAUCCUACUUUUCUGCAAGGACCAGAAUGAUGAGAACAGCCCGCAUUAAAUUCUAAACAACUAGAUCCUGUUUGUAUACCAGGAACCCCUUCUGUAUAUUAGUGAUGUCAUAUCCACUUAAACCAAUCAUUUAUAGGUUAAUUUGGAUUCAAUUUCAACAUUUUAAAUUUCAUUAAAUGGAAUGGUAUUGAUCCAUUUUAAAUUUGAUGGAGGUUAUAUGUUAAAUGUGAAUUGUGUACUAGUAUCAUCUUAUGUAAAGACUACAAGCUUGUAAUAAAAUAAUACUCAUCAAGAGGCACUUAAUUGAUUCACGUAAAUACUGGUAUGUUAUCUAUUAAAACACAGAUCCUAUUUCGUUUCCUUUUUAAUAGUUCAAAAUUUCGUUUUACUUGACUUUACUUCAUGUAAUAGGGGCCAUCGAAAGUACCCAGUAUAAAAAAACAAAACGAAAUAUAGAUCUAUAUUUUAAUCAGAUUGUAUAGGAAUGGAAGGUAAAAAAUCCCUUUGAAAUGUAUGUUCCUUUGAAAAAGGUAACCAAUUAAGUUUUGAAUAAAUGAAUAUGUUAAUUUAAUUACAGAUUUAUAUUGAUGUUAAUUAGUUUAUUUUGAGUAUGUUAAUUUUGACUGGACACAGAUGGUCAAACAGUUAUAUUAAACCAAUCCUAUGAAAUAACUAUGGUUUAUAUGAUGCCUUUUGUUGAUGAAUUUGUUAUAUAUUUGAUACGUUAUUAUGUAGUAUGGUAAUCAUAUGUAUAGGGGUGUUUUUCUCUGUAGAAUUAUUCAAAGAAUAAAUACUCGGUGAUG